AUGUCCACUGUCUAUUUAGUUACUGGAGGUAACCGUGGGAUCGGUUACAAAAUUGUCGAACAAUUGGCUGCAAGACCAAACACUAAAGUUCUUGCCACUGCUAGAAACGUCGAAUCAGCCGUUGAAUUGAAGGAAUUGAAGGCUAAGCACGACAACGUCGAGAUAUUGAAACUUGAUGUCUCCUCUGAAGAAAGUCUUGAUGCCUUGGACAAUCAAUUACAGAAGGUUGCCCCUGACGGGAUUGACGUGUUGAUCUCCAACGCCGGUGUUGCUGACGGGUUCUAUACCGUCAAGGACGCACCACGGUCCAUUUGGUUGAAGCACCACAAGACCAAUGUCUUAGGUCCAAUUUUCCUCUACCAGGUUGUCCGUCCUUACUUGAUGAAGAGGGACACCAGAAAGAUAAUUUUCGUCAGUAGUGUGGUCGGCUCUAUUGGAGGCUUCCUCCCAUUCUCUACCUCUGCCUAUGGACAAUCGAAGGCAGCCCUCAACAUGACUAUGAAGCAAAUCAGUUUAGAGGAUGGACCUGAAGGAUUCACGGUAAUUUCCAUGCAUCCAGGGAUGGUCACCAGUGACAUGGGCAAUGAGAGCAUUGCUCAGAUUCCAAAAGAGGAACUUGUGGAUAUCCUCCCCAUGCUCAUUACACCAGAGGUGAGUGCCACCAAGCAGCUUGAGGUGAUUGACGGGUUGACCAAGGAAGACAAUGGUGCUUUCUUCAACUAUGAUGGUAGUGCUGCUUCUUUCUAAUGUAAAUAGAUGAAUACAAACAAAUCGA